AUGAAAAAGCUGGGAAAAUUGAUUAGCGCUGAACAUCAACUUUCUUUCGCACACGCAAUCCACUUGGCGGUUCUUGAUGUAAUGUACAAGAAGAAAUCCAAACAACCCGAAGAAAGGAACGUCAGUGAGGACAACAAUGAGGACAACAAUGAGGACAACAGCGAGGACAACAGUGCGGACAGCAGCGAGAACGAGAGCGAUUACGAGAGUGAGGACGAGAACGAAGACGGUGGUGUAGUGAUCGACGAGGAAGAAGACGAGGAAACCAAUUUAAGUUGCAGUGAACUCGCGAAAACAAUAAAAAAGUACGAACAGUAUUUCGCCUUUUUAAAAUGUCUGCAAAGAAGAACGAAGUUCAUCUUCAAAAAACAGCAGACGGAGAUCAGUGAGAAGUUGAGAGAGGCGAUCAUCGUACGGAUCCUGGAACGACGCACUGAUAUAUCUCAAGUGCUGCAGUUUUUGCACGACGGAGAGCAAGAAAACAAUGAGCUGUGUAGAAAACUCACCAAACCAGCCAUUGCGAGAAUCAUCACGAGGUUGAUCAAAAGGCUGUAUCCAAAUUCAGAAGCAAUUUUCGAACAGGAAACCGGUGGUUCAAGUGUUGAAAGUGCUUCCGAAGAUUCAACCUGCAUGGAGUUAGACGAACUGUCGUUAAAAGAGAAGCUGAGUCGUGCGAUCCAGAACAAACUCAACCGACCCAACAUGACGACAAAAGUUACCAGCCUGGAACAAACUAUCCUGCAAGAAGUGUCUUUCUUCAAUGACCACAAGGUUCGAGGACCAAACUUUGAAAAAGUGUAUUGUUUACUGAAAACAAUACCGCCAACCAGUGUGGAAUCUGAGAGAGCUUUUUCGACAGCAAACAAUUUUUGCACUAAGCUGCGAAGUCGUCUUGGUGACGACAGCAUCGACAAAUUGUGUUUUUUGCGUGCUCACUUUUUGCGUACAGACAAAAACAAGUUGGUGUACAUAUUUGUAAUAUAA